GAUGCCAUGAUUGCCCUGCACUACUUUCCCUUUCCCUUUCCCUUUCCCCUCUACGGCUGCAGGCAUCGCCGGCACCAGGUCGCCAGCUCGCCGCUGCCUUUCCGUGCCGGCCGGCCAAAGCAUUUCUGCCGGUGGUGGCGUGGUGUUGCUGCCUGCCUGCCUGCCUGCUGCCUCUGCCUCCAAAGCAAAGAAUCCUUGUAGAGGAAAAAGGAGAAGACACGCUGCACUGCAGCUUCGUGCUGUUCGCUUCGCUUUAUUCCCCUUCCUUGUUCCAGCACCAGCCCCAUCCCGUCCAACUUGCUUUCCCCAUCGCCUGUUGCUUCGUUCGCCCUUGAGGUGUUUCUGUUUCUGAGGUCAAGAACAAGCUCUUCUUCGCCUGCCGCUCUCGUCGCUGCGGUGCUGCUCAGAUAUAAAGGAAUAAUAGCAAUCCGGCCUCUGAGUCAACUUAUUUUCUUACAUAGUUUAGAUCUGCAAUCCCAGGGCUGAAUCCAAAUCAAGGGGACAAAAGAUGGCACUUGAUGCAGAUAACAUUCUGAUGCACAUCAAGAGGACAUUGCAUUCUUCAGUCAGGCUCGCCUACCAAUCUGCUUCUGACUAUCCUGUGGUACUCGGCAUCGGCAUGCUGCUGCUGUUCCUACACAAACUCUGCCCUUCUCUGUUUGCUUUCUUCCUGUCUUCGUCCCCGGUCUUCCUGUUAACAGCACUUCUUCUUGGAGCGCUGUUGAGCUACGGGGAACCAAGUGCUCCAGUGAUCGCAGAGGACCAGAAAAAAUCGUCCGUUGAAUCCAGAAUAUCCAUUUCUGAAUGUUCAGUGGUUGAGGAGGUUCAGAACGUCAACGUCACCCACAUGUCAAGGAGUUUUGAGAGCCCAUAUGUCUGCGUUGAGGGAACAACAACUUCUGAUAGCAUCUUCCAUGAUACCCACCGUGAUGAGGACAGUAUUGUCACAUCUGUGUCUGCUGAUACCAUUCGCUGCACAGAAGCUUCUGAACUUGCCAAGAAUGAAGUUGUUAUUGUGGAAAGAGAGGAGCAUGUCAAGGAAGUCUGCAACAACGUUGAGCUGCAGCAGUUUUUUCAGAGCAGCGCUGCUGAAGGUGUUUCGGUUAAAGAGGCUGAGAAUGUUGCUGACAAGGUUAAUGUGGGGACGAGAUUCGAGUGUCCAGUUAUGUACAGUGACGACAAAACUUCUGAAGGUGUUUUGCUUAUUGGUGCUCAGUGUGGUCAAGGGAAUCUGACAUCUAUGUCCACCGACAGUGUUCUUCAUGCUGAAUCUUCCGGGUUUGACAGGAAUGGUGUCAUUGCUGAAAGAGUGGAAGAGGAGCAUGUUAAGGAAAUCUGCGAGCAGGUUGCACCACCGCGGCAGUCUGAGAGCACCGCUACAGGAAGGUGUCACUAUGAGUAUGAAGUGAAUCAUCAGUAUCAGUUCGGUGAACUCAUGAGCUCGUGUUGGCAACCUGUUACACGACAGGAUCCUUGUUCUGAUUCUGAGUCUGAUCUUACUGAAAGCUCUUCUGAUGCAUCAAUCACUGACAUUAUACCGAUGCUCGAUGAACUGAACACACCUGUAGACUUGGGGACCAGUCACCCUUCCUCAACCUUCGGAGACAACCUGAACGCCGGCUCAUCAGAUGAAAAUGAAGAUGACUCGGAGGAGGAGGAGGAGGAGGAGGAGGAGGAGGACGGUAACCUUAGCUCAGAUGAAGAUGGAGAAGAGAAGAGAGAUGACGAAAGUAGCUGGAAGGGCUUUGUGGAUCCAAACUCUUUGGAUACUGAAAAGAAUGGGGAUUUGGAGAGUUUGAUGGCGCGGCGAAAAGCAAAGAAUGUUCUGAAAUUUGAACUUGACAGGAGGUUAAUGGACUUGCAGGCCGCUGAUGCAGUUCAGAAAAUGGAGGAGGCAUCACGCUUCCGUGUUCAGGUGCCCUCCAUUUCUACACCAAGGCCCGAUCCUUCAAAUGAUCCAGAGGAUACAGUGGAGUUACCACAGGUUCCUGAUUCAGCGCCAUCUGUUCUGCUUCCCUGGAGGAAACCAUUUGAUGUUCCAUUUGACCAAAUUGUGGAUCGCGACAGCCGUUUGCAGGAAACUUGGACUCCUCGCUCAGGCUUCUCGUCAGCACAGGGUAGGAAACGUGACAGCUUGUAUGCUAGGCCGUCUACUUAUCUGCGGCAUCACAAUGGCAUAAUAAAGCCAGAGAAGUCUGAAUUCAGUGAAAAAGAUUCUGUUGACAAUCACUCAGAAAGCGAUUCUGAGCAACCACUUGACAACAAUGGCAAGUUAUUUGGUUCACUGGAACCACAUAUUGGAGAUGAGAUCAAAAUAGUAAGCGCUGCAAUUUCAGAUGUGUGUGUGCUAGAAGCAAAUCAUGGAAUUAUUGAAGGCGGCACUGAUUCCAUCAACGGCACAGAUUCCUUUUAUGUCCAAAAAUUAAUGUCCAACACGUCAGAUGUGAACGACUCAAUUUCUGCAGGUAAUGAGCAAUCUGUAUUGUGUUAUCUAUCUGAAGAACACAAGACUACUGAGGAACAUAUUAUGAUUGAAGUUGAAGAGGAAGACUCCAUGAGUGAAGUCAACUCAUUGUUCAAGUGCCGCAUGGAGGAAGUGCUAGUGCAGUCCAUUUCAGAGUCUGGCAUAGGCCAACCCUUGACGGUUAAACUCGAGCAUGAGCUUAGUGAUACUUUAUUACAUGCAGAACCUGCGAUAUCUUUGAUUGAAGCGAGAUCAGUAGAAGAUCUGAAUUCACAGUUUGCUCAGCUCAAUGGAGAAGCAUUAUUAGCACCCGCUGCUUCUGUCUCCAUUCGUGAUGAUCAGUAUCAGCCGGUCCAUGACAGGCCAAGUGAAGCGUUGCCCAUGGAAAAUGGGGAUACCGAUACCCAAGACGGCCAUUCUUCAGACCGCUCGCUUGACGGCAGUCCAGUGGCUGUGAAGGUCAUCGUCGAAGGUGAAGGUGAACCGAAGGAGGUGCUGACUGAAGAUGGUGAGCUUCAUGUCCUAGAAGCAAGCUCGGUUGAGGAGAUGAGCUCACUGUUCAGGCAACUGGAAGGAGCAGCAGCAGCAGGGCCAGCAGUGAUGCCUGCUUGUAGCUCAGAGUCAGAGCACAUGUUUGUUGGUCAACACACUGGAGAGACAGAGACUGAAUCUGCUGUGCUAGUUCCAAAUGCAAAGCCUGCUGCUUGGGAUGAUACCAACCCUACUUAUGUGCAGUUAAGCAUCGGCGGUGGCGACAAGAUGAAGAUUCCUGGAGAUGGUGAAGUAAUCCUGGAUGAUUCAACUGAGGUAAACUCAGGACCGUACGCUAAGGAUGAUGGCAGAUAUGGAUCCGAUGACACCAGAGUAUUUGAGGCGAAAGAAUCACUUGGAAGCGCUUAAUCUACUCGUACUGAAGCGCGCGCGGUCAGGCAGCUGAAGAGAUAUGUGGGAUGGGAGGCAUCGUCGUCUUCUCAGAUGUAUAGUUUUGAUCUUCGGAGAGAAUGGAGUGCGCAUGUCUGUGUCGAUAUUUUUUUUUCUUUUUUGGUUUUAUUAAUUCGUCUGUUCAUACUUCUUCCUUUUCUUUUUUUUUAUUAUUUCUCCUUGUUGGAUGAUGGACAAAAUAGGGUGUUGCAGUUUGGCAGUAGCAUGGAUCGCUGGUUGUUUCAUGUGCCGAGUGCAGGGUUUUGAUACAUGGAUUCUCUUUGUUUGUUUCAUUUUCAUGUGUUUACAGAUGGGUAGUAGUAGUAGUAGUAGUAACUAUGUAAGCACAAUAGUUACUGUUACUGCACCGGUAAAUAAAUCUGAGAACUGGCAGUUUGAGU